CUUUGCCGGUCCACUCCAGCCCUCCAGUUUCCGCCCUCCAGUAGCGACGGCCGGACUGAAUCUUCGUUCUCCUCGUUCUCCUCACCACACCAUGCUUACCCUCCGGACCGCCCAGCGGCCCCUCGGCCUCGCGCGUGCGUUCGCCACCUCGGCCGCCCGCGCCGCCGACAAGGCCCCCGCGGCGCCCAAGCCCAUCGACGACUCGACGAGCGCGUUGGACUACAAGAUGCACCGCCCCACCCGCCGCCUCGCGCACCUCGCGACGAUGAGCCACCCCCGCGCCGCUUCCGCCGAGGAGGCCGUCACCAACAUCCUGUACAACACCCCCCCGCCGAGCAACGAGCCGUUCAAGCGCCACCUGCUUAACUGUCUCGUGCAGAACGAGCCUGGUGUGCUGUCGCGUGUGUCCGGUAUUCUCGCCGGCCGUGGCUUCAACAUUGACUCCCUCGUCGUGUGCCAGACCGAGAUCCGCGACCUCUCGCGCAUGUCCAUCGUCCUUAAGGGCCAGGACGCCGUGAUCGAGCAGGCGCGCCGCCAGCUCGAGGACCUCGUCCCCGUUUGGGCCGUGCUGGACUACACGCACACGUCGGUGGUCGAGCGCGAGCUCCUGCUGUGCAAGGUGUCGAUUCUCGGCCCCGAGUUCGCCGAGGCCCAGCUCAACCCCACGCGCGACGACGACCUGCAGCACCGCGAAGAGGCGCUUGUGCGGACGUUCGAGAGCGCGGGCGAGAACCCCUCGGGUCUGCCGUCCGCCAUCGGCGGCGAGGAGCUGUACCCGUCGCGCCGGCGCGACAUCUCGCCCUCGGAGGCGCUCAUCGCCAAGAACCUGCACCUCGGCGCGAUCAAGACGCUCGCGGAGCAGUUUGGCGGGCGCGUCGUCGACGUCGCUGAGGAGUCGGCGAUUGUCGAGCUCACCGCGAAGAGCUCGCGCGUCGAGUCGUUCCUCGGCCUCGUCCGCCCCUUCGGCAUUCUCGAGGCUGCGCGCUCCGGCGUCAUGACCCUCCCCCGUACCCCCAUCAAGCGGUACACUGAGGACGACCUCCCCGUCCACCCCACCGAGGAGGUCGACCUCUCCCUCCUUCCCCCUGGAUAAGCGCCAGGCCUGUUGUCAAAAGCAUCCGGUGAGCAUGCAUGAACGUUUGCGUAGAGGUGGUUGUGUGGGGCCCGAUGGAGAUGUGGAGAGAAAUAUGGGGAAGCUAUGGAUGCAGGGAUUGUUUUGGG